AUGUACAUCGUUUCUCAUGUAAACUUCCGAGACCCUCCUCUCACAAACUCCAGGAUCUUCCAGCCCUCGGUCUCCGGGUUGUCCACGUCCUCAGGAACACGCGUGAUCACCAGGGCGUACGUCGAAAGCAUGAUGUCUUCCUCGGUACCGGCAACCACCUCGCCCGUCUUGGCCCGUCUGAACAGGUUGAUCUCCUGGACACGGGCGCUGAUCACAAACACAGGGAUCUGGUUAGGCUCGAGCAUUCUCGACGAGACAAUCUCGACGUUUCUCACGUCCAAAAUGCGUCCAUCGGAGAAAAUGCCCUGGUCUCUAAACUGUUUCUGCUGUGCGGCCAGAAUGUUGGCUGGAGCUUCAGAAAGCCACAGUCUCAGCGUCUUUUCGUCGCCGGUGAUGUAUGCCUCCAAAACCUCCGGCACAAUGUACUCUCUCAGCUGUUUGGUGAGGGCCUCUGUGUUGAAGUUUGGAUCCAGCUCUCUGAACGCCUUGAUCACUCUGGCACCUUCAGUCUCGGCGAAAAAGCUGCCGAUCUUGUCCAUCACCGUUCUGAUCAGAACAAGCAACGGGUUCUCGGCCUCCUCCCAUUUUUCUCUCAACAUAACAAGCAUUCUGCCGAUCGCAGAGUUCGGCUUGAUCUUGAUCUUGUCCUUGAUGCUGCUCUCCGACUUGAUGUUGGUGGCCACGAGCGCCGUUCCGGCCUCCUCGUCUCUCUUGAUGGCCUUUGGUUUGUUUUCCAGCUCUCUUUCCCGACGCAAACGUCUCUGCUCCUUGGUCUCGUACAAACCGUAUCUGGAGGCUCCUUCGUCCAGAGUCUGGCUAACCUCCUGGUACGUUUUCGUUUUCCGUAUUGGCUCAAUCACAUGGUCCACGGUUUCUGCAGUUUUCUCCACCGUGGUUCUCACACCCUUACCCACGGGCGACUCCCAGGCCUUGUGCGCCACCUCUCCAACAACAUGGGCGGUCUUCUCGACGCCCUUGGCGAUCGCACCGGAAGAUUUCUGCGCCGCGUUGUACGCAUCCUUGGCCCGCUUGAACGCCUCGCUUUCGCCCAUCUCGUCUGUCGCCGAUCUCAGCUGCUUAAUCUGGUCUGAAAGCUCGUUACUCUUCUUCCAUUCCCUCCGGAACGUGUCCACGAAAACCUGCAUUGGCGACUUCUGUCCCGCCCAACGGGCUCCCCCGCUCGAAAACGCACGGAUCCCCACACUGGGUCCACGCACAACGGAUGUUUUGUACAAGAUGCGGCCGGCUAGCAUGGUUGUCCAGGUUAUGGAAAAAUUUGAUAUAUUUUUUGUUUCUGUCAUUUGUUUGUGCAAAUUAGUUUAA